UCGCAAUUAGACAUGGAUAUACGAUUAGCGAGGAACUAAUUUCUACACCUUAUUCGCACUCACUACUUGGUGCGACAAUCUGGAGUUUGGUUGCUGGCUUGUGGUAUCACUUUUUCUCUGGUUUCGGAGGUGGUAAUAAGGCUACCCUUCUAUUUUGCUUACUAGUGCUUUCUCACUGGCUUGAAGACUUGGUGGUCCAUGAUAAGGAUCUGCUACUAUUCACCUUUGACAAUACUAAGCCAAAAUACGGAUUUGAUCUUUAUAAAAGUUUUUUAUUUAGUCAAUUAUUAGAAUUCGGCUUAUUAUUUUCUUCAUUUCAUUACUAUCUUAAAAACACCAAGAUUGAUUCAAAAAAUUCUUCGAAUUUUUGGGUAAAGUGGAGUGUGAGUGUUGUAGUCGUGGACUUUAUAAUAAGCCAUUCUACAUCAUAUAUCACACCGCCAAGCAUCCUAUUUUUAUGCAUUACGAUGUUAACUCUUCAAUUUAAAUCUUGUUAUCUUGCUAAUCAAAUGGAUAAAGUUAGAACUCCGACCAAAGAAAGUCCCAAUUAA